AGGGAGUUGAAUUUCUCCUGUUCUUCUUACGUAGAAAUGUGAAAACUAAAUUCGCAACUGUUGUUAUUGGUGAACAAUAUUAAUUGUCAUUGAAAAAAAGUAUUAGCAUGAGAUUAAAAAAGAUCGGAUAACAGUCCAAUGGAAAUAAAAAUAAAUUAAAAGUUGUUCAAUAUAUAAAAAAAUAAUAAAGAGUGAUUUCAACUCAUUAAUAAGUAGAUAUGUUCUUAUAGAAAAGUUGAUCUGUGAAUAUUUUUACUAUUAAAGCAACAAAAAAUUAUAAUGUUUGUGUGAAAAAACUUUAUUUACUUACCCAAUGUGUUGUCUAACUCUAGAUUCCAACAUAAAAAAAUAAUUAUAUCAAUUUCAUACAUGAGAAAUCAGAUAAUAUUUCCCUUCCACACCCAGAAUACAUGAAAAAGAACACUUGACAUUUCCUUCUUGGAGGGGCAAUUUUGUUUAAUUUUGAAUAGAUUUCGGACGAAAUUGUAAUUGGAAAAGAACAAAAUUUUGUUUUUCCGUUUUUUUAUUUUCCAAAAAGACAACCCAAGCUGCAACACCUUGGUGUAUCUUAAGUUUUCCUAUAAACGACCAGUCAUCCCCACCAACUAUCUAACUGGAAGCUCUGUAAUAGAAGUCACAGGACACCCCAACCCAAAUAUUCUCCCGCUUCCAAUAAUCACCCACCAAAACCCCUAAAACCCUAAAUAUAAUGUUCUUCAAAAAACCCACCUCUAAAACCCUAAAAAUCUUGCUCCACUCUUCUCAAAAUCCAAUCUUUUCCCUUAUAAACCAUAAAGCCAAGAACCCACCAUAUACAUACACACAAACCAAGAACUAUGUAGAUGUGUACAUGAAAUGGAAAAAAGAUCAAUACCUUGACACAAUAGAGCACAUACACAAGUCCAUUCAACUUAAACCCGUCAUUUCUUUGAAAAAUAUGAUAGCCCAAAACCCCAAUGGUUGUAUCCCAAUCUCUGACGUGUCAAAGAAAGGCUUGCACUUUGAUGUGAAAAUCAAGGUUGCAAGGUUUUUGAGGCAAUACCCAUCGAUCUUUGAGGAGUUCACUGGUCCUCAGUAUAAUUUGCCUUGGUUUAGAUUGACCCAAGAAGCUGUUGAGAUUGAUAGAGAAGAGAGAAGGUUGUAUGAGGAUUGUAAAGAGGAUCUGAGAGAGAGGUUAAAGAAGUUUAUUUUGAUGAGCAAACAAAAGGUGUUGCCUUUGAAGGUUAUUCAAGGGAUGUUAUGGUAUUUGGGUUUGCCCGAGGAUUUCUUGGAGUGUUUGGAUAUGAAUCUUGAUGGAUCUUUUAGGGUGGUGGAGAUGGAGGAAGGGUUAAAGGGAUUAGCCGUUGAGAGCAACGAAAGGGUUUUGUCUGUUCUGCAAAGAAAUGCAAUGAAAAAAGGAGUGUAUUCCAAUGAACCUAUGGAGGCAAUUGAGUUUCCACUUUUCCCAUCUAAGGGUGUGAGGCUAAGGAGGAAGAUUGAGGUUUGGUUAAGAGAGUUUCAAAAGGUUCCAUAUGUGUCCCCAUAUGAGGAUUAUUCACAUUUGGAUCCUAAUAGUGAUAUUGCUGAGAAAAGGGUCGUUGGGUUUCUUCAUGAGUUGCUCUGUUUGUUCGUUGAGCAUUCUGCAGAAAGGAGGAGACUUUUGUGUCUUAAGAAGCAUUUUGGGUUACCACAGAAGGUUCAUAAAGCAUUUGAAAGGCAUCCCUACAUGUUUUAUCUGUCUUUGAGGAAUAAAACUUGCACUGCUAUUCUUAAGGAGGCUUAUUGUGAUAAAAUGGCCAUUGAGAGACAUCCCAUGUUAAGGAUCAGGAAUAAGUACAUUAACUUGAUGAAGGAAUCACAGGUGAUUCUGAAGAGCAGAAGAGUGAACAAUCCUUAUGUCGAACGUCCAAAACUGGAUUUAGAUUUGGAUUGUGCUGAUGAAGAAGAGUGUGUUGAAAUAGGUAGAUUGUAAAGAUGAAGUGAAUUAGAGCUGAAAGCUGUAUUCUUGUCGAAUGAUUCUGAUUCACUUCCUUCAGGUAAUUUCAAGCCCUUGUCAGGAUAUUAUUGAAUUGAUGUAAGAAGGUGAGAAAAUCCAAUUCCCGUGGAAAAAGAUCAGAUGGUAAUUCACUCAAUAGAAGAAGAGAAAAUCCAAUUCCUGUGCAACAAUCUAAAACACGGGCCGGGCCUUCUGAAGCAAAAAGAUCAAAUAUCAUCUUUUACGUCUGCUAGUAACAUUUACAUUCCAUUCCUUAUGACAGACCGUACAGAUUGCGACUGUACUCCAAGAGGAGACUGAUCAACUAUAAAUUGCCUCUCUAACCUAAAUUUACCUU